GCUCGCUCGCCAAUGUGGAGCAUUCAUUGUGAAAUUGCAAAUCAAAAUUGAAACAAGCACAGAGCGGAGACGGUUAACGGAUUUUAAAGCGCGCAGCGAAAACGUGAAAAGAAUUUCAUAAUCAAAAGUUAAUACAGCGCAAAUUGCCGAGUUAUAAACAUUCAUAAAAAAGCGGACAAACGCUAAACAAAAGCAACAACAACAAGGAGAAAUUAGUGAUACUACAACAAAAAGUGCCACAAAAAGUGCCACAAAAAGUGCCACAAAAAGCAACAACAAAACUAAAAGUGCUAACAGAGGCUGUAAAAAUAGCUCCAAAUCAAGUGACAAGCUCAGAGAUUAACAACACAUCCAAAAUGGUCGUUGAGGAAUCAGUCAGCAUGCACACACUACACUACACACACAGCCACAACCAGAGUCUGGACAUGACCGAGUGCGAGAUGCCCAUCGGUCGUACCGUUAAAACGGCACUACUCCGGGCCCAAUCGGAGUCCCGAGUGAUUGUCGGUCUGUCGGCAGCCAUCAAUGUGCUGUCCAAGUCACCGGAGGGGUCGCUCUUCUGCCUGAUGGCCGUGCCCAAGGACGGAGAUUCGGCCACACACAUGCACGAGGUGCUGCUGGAGGCGUUCUGCUAUGAGAACGACAUCUAUGUGAUCAAGGUGGAUGAUGCCACCAAGUUGAGUCGGAUUUUGGGCCAGGAAAGCAUCGAGUCAUGCUGCCUGGUGCAAAAGACCUGGUCGGGGGAUCAGCUGGAGGAGCAUCUCAACAAGGCGGAGAACCAAUUGGUCGACUACUGUGAGGCCCACUGGGAUGCACCCCAGCAUCCCAUUGUCCAGCUGCCGGUCGUUUAAGCUGUGACCAGAUGACGCCAAGCUGAAUUGAACAGCCCGUUACAGUGGGGCAAAACAUGGUUUAAAUUGAUCGAAAAUAACCAAUGAACAACAACAAGAACAACCAGUUAAGACAAGGUUAAUGGACCCAAACGUUUGGAGAGUUCUACGGAAACCGACGUUGGGACAUAUCCCAAUUAUAUAUAUAACAGAUAAUAUACAUCAACAUAUGUAUAAGUGUAUAUAGAAGGAGCAGCUACGAUGGCCAAUUAUCAUCUAGCGAGAGCGAGAGAGAGAGAGCCGACGACCUUCGUUGGAGCAGCCGAGAAUGCAAUGGAAUUUUGCAGCAGCCACAACAAAAACAACAGCAACAACAAGAACAACAACAACAACAACAACAACACGGCUGCUGCGGAAGUGCAUUCACACACACACACACACACACACACACAACCACACACGGGGAUUUACACUCUCUCUGCCUCUCUUUAAUCUGGCAGUAAUUUCGCAACCAGAGGCAAACACACACACACACACACACACACACACAUAAGCGCGUGACCAGCUGCUGGUUUUAUUUUAUUAUUUUUUUUUCAAAAUCCAUUUAAUAAUUGAUAUUUACGAUUAUAUUGUUCACAGUGAACAGAUUUCCAUUCUAA